AUGACAGCCAAGGCCAAAGACUCUGAAGGCACGUUCCCCAGAGAGGCCUUCGCCAUCGGUGCCACAGAUGAGACUGCCAACGGAGUGGAGGAGCAGAAAGAUGUAGACGAGUGUCUGCUCCACGCGGGGAAACUGUGCCAGCAAACAUGCACCAACACCUGGGGAUCCUUCCACUGUGGCUGUCAUCAGGGAUUCAUCCUGCAGGGGGACGGAAGACUCUGUGCUCCAGUGAGUCCUGAUGAGGAGAACAGAGUGAAGGAUUUCCGUCCUGCUAACAUCCCAACAAUAACUCCUGCUUCCACGACAGCCAUGAUCUCCUCCAGAACCACCACCAGCAGACCUGUGCGCAUCCAUCCAUGCUCAGAAAAUGGAGGUUGCAGUCAGCAGUGUUUAGCAGUUGCAGAGCGGGCUCUCUGCUCCUGCUUCCCUGGGUUCAGACUGAAGAUAGAUGGAAGAAAGUGUGAAGACAUUAACGAGUGUGUUCUGGGAACCCAUAACUGUGGCCUUGGCUUCGUGUGUGAGAACACACUCGGCUCCUUCCUCUGUAAUCACAAACCAAAGUGCAUCACCGGAUUCUCACAGGACUCCCAUGGAAACUGUAUCGACAUCAAUGAGUGCCUCAGCCUCAGAGAGUUGUGCAGCUCUGGUUUUAACUGCAUCAACACGGUGGGAUCCUUCUCCUGCCAGCAGAAGACCAUCUCCUGCAGCCCGGGGUACAGCGCCAGCUCUGAUGGAACCACGUGUGUCGACCUUGACGAGUGUCAGAUGGGGACAUACCGCUGUGGACUCGGUCAGAUUUGUCACAAUCUUCCUGGCAGCUACACCUGUGACUGUCAGACGGGAUAUCAGUACGACUCUCUGCGGAAACUCUGCACCGAUAUAAAUGAGUGCUGGCGUUUCCCCGGCAGAUUGUGUGGACAGACGUGUGAAAACACCCCCGGCUCGUUCCACUGCUCCUGCACGGAGGGCUUCUCCCUGGCUUUGGACGGCAAGAACUGUAAAGAUAUAAACGAAUGUGACAAGAAACCGUGCAGCCAGGAGUGCGCCAACAUCUACGGAUCGUAUCAGUGCUACUGUCGCCAAGGUUACCACCUGAAGGACGACGGACACACCUGUGAAGAUAUAGACGAGUGUUCUCAGAGCAUCGGGAGUCUCUGUACCUUCAGGUGUGUGAACGUAGCGGGCAGCUACCAGUGUGCCUGUCCUCCUCAGGGAUUCACCCUGUCUGCCAACAAACGCUCCUGCAAAGAUAUUGAUGAAUGCACAGCUGGAAACCACAACUGCUCGUACGAUCAGAGCUGCUUCAACCUGCAGGGAGGAUUCAGGUGUCUCUCCUUCCACUGCCCCAAAAACUACAACAAGGUGUCAGACACACGCUGUGAUCGGAUCAGCUGUAACUCCUUAGACUGUCAGAACUCUCCGGUCCGGAUCACAUACUAUCAGCUUAGCUUCCAGACCAACAUCAUCAUUCCCGCCCAGAUUUUCCGGAUCGGACCAUCGCCCAGUUAUUCCGGAGACCACAUCUCCAUCAGCAUCAUCCGAGGAAACGAGCAGGGCUUCUUCAGCACCAGGAAACUGAACGGAUACACGGGUGCCGUCUUCCUGCAGCGACAAGUCAAAGAGCCCAAAGACUUCCUGAUCCACGUGGAGAUGAAGCUGCUCAGGAAAGGCACGCUCAGCACCUUCCUCGCCAAGAUCUACGUCUUCAUCACGUCCGGUGCUGUGUAACACAUGAAGGAGUCAGACUCAGAGUGAAUUGUCCGAAAAAAAAGGAUUUUCCUUCAGAAACGUCAUGGGGUUAAGGAAAGAUGUGAAGGAGGAUUCAUGAGGAUUUAGGAACAAAGACUGAGAGAAUCUGACUGAAUUUACACUGAGCGAUGAUGAUGAUGAUGAUGAUGAUGAUGAUGAUGAUGAUGAUGAUGAUGAUGAUGAUGAUGAUGAUGAUGAUGAUGAUGAUGAUGAUGAUGAUGAUGAUGAUGAUGAAGAAGCAGCACCAUUUCGAUGGUAUUGAUGUGCGUUUGUCGUGGGAAAACUACAAUUUUCCAUACAGUGGACUAAUAAAAGUGCAUCUAGAUACUUCGCCCUGUUUGUUUAUAUGCGGUUGCUUUAUAAACUACCUUGACAAAUAUAGUCUUCAUUACCAUGGUUGGAAUUGAAAUAAAAAAUGUAAGUAAAACUUGCUCGCACUCAGCUGCCUGAAAUAAAUGUAUUAUACGACAUGAUCCCAAAAGAUCAAACGUCAGUAAAAUAGCUUGAAAUGUCCAUCUUUCACCUUUUGGUUCAAUAUAGUGUUGAAAAUUAAAACAUAUAAACACUCUAGCUAGCAAGUCAUACGUUGUAAAAUGCUGGAUAAGCAGCGUAACUUAAAUCAACUGCGUCUGUCGGUUGUUUCCAUGAACGUCUGAAUGUUGCAGUCGCAAGGCAUUGUUGGACAGCAUUUCUCUUUUCUAUCGUAAAGGCUAAAGGGGACUAUAAAGGAAGCAUUGGCGCUCGUUUCCUAACAUCCUCCCUAGCAACGGUUUGUUCUCAGACCUUUGGAAUGUCCCAUUAGGCCAAUCAGAAUUGAGUAUUCCACUACUAAAUACAUUUUAAACUUCAUCGCAAUUCACACGGGCAGAUAAAGUAAUGUAUGGUCAAUUCCAGCACUGAAAUCAUUAUAUUCAUAUUUCACAUUCCUUUCUGUAUUACUGGAUCUAUCUCUAUGUGACUAAGUUAUCAUUAUCUCAGGGUUAAAUCCAUGCAUUGAACAGUGAGCAAACAGCCCCCUGUUCAAUGGGGGGGUUACUUUAAAAUGUAUUCUGCUACAAUUACUACAUACCUGUACAACAUUUGACAUUUUGAUCAAUAACCUGAUCUGGGUAUCAACAUAUUAAAGUGAUGUAACCUGAUUACUUUCCGUUACUUUACCUCAAUAUCAAAUGCAAAUAAAUACAAGCGGAAAUAAA